AUGGGCUGCAUCCUGACCAAAGUCUGCCUCGAGGAAGACCUGCUCAUGCUCGGGGACGGCGCGCAGGAGAGCGAGGACCCGGCGCCGCCGCGCUCGCGCCGCCUGUCGCGCGCCAAGACGACGCUGCUGGUGCUGGACCCGGCCGACGUCUCGGCCGCCGCGGGGCUGCCCACGGCGCCCUUGAAGCAGCCGCUGCAGCAGCAGAAGAAGGCGCCGGAGGAGCCCGAAGACGGCGAGACGCUCGACUUGCUCGUGUACGCGGGCGGCGUCCCGGGCGUCGCGCUGGACGCGGACCGAGUGGAGCUGCCCGAGUUCACGGGCGUGCGCGACGGCGGCUACUGCUCCGCCGACGGGCGCCUGCGCUGGGGCACGCGCUCGCGCGCGGGCAACGACCCACUGCGGCGGCGCAAGGAGAACCAGGACGCGCUGUGUGUGUGCGACGCCCUGGCGGGCGACAGCAGCAUCACCUUCUUCUCGGUCUUCGACGGCCACGGGCCGCAGGGCGCGUUCGUGAGCCACUUAGUGCGGGAGCAGUACCAUCGCGCAGUGGCCGACGCGUACGCGGAGCUGCUCCCUGCGCGCGCGUCGGGCACUGGGAACGGGCCGAGCGUUCUGACGAGGAAGACCAGCGUCUCGCGCGACGUCAUUUCGGAGAUCUUCCAGCAGGCGGCGCGGACGGUGGUGGACAGACUGGCGGACAGCGCCAUCGACAUCAGCGUGAGCGGCACCACGGCCGUGGCGAUGCUGGUGCGCGGGAAGGACGUAUUUAUUGCUAACCUGGGGGACAGUCGAGCUGUCGUCGCGAGGUACGAGAGCGAGGCGCAGCGCUACGUGCUGCACUGCGAGACGAAGGACCACAAGCCGGACGACCCGGACGAGUGCGCGCGAAUAGAGCGCAACAACGGGCGCGUGUUCGAGUGGGGGGCCUACCGAGUGUGGCUGCAGGACGUGGACAUGCCAGGGCUUGCCAUGUCGAGGUCUUUCGGCGACUCGGUGGCCAAGACCGUGGGCGUGACGGCGGAGCCGGAUGUGACGAUCGUCGAGCGACUGCAGUUCAGCAGUACCGAGGCGAAGAACGACGAGCGUCCGGCGGCGUUCGCGGUGCUCGCCAGCGACGGCAUUUGGGAGUUCAUGAGCACGGACGAGUGCAUCGAUUUUGUGGCCGCGUGUAUCGUGGAGUCGGGGAUGUCGCCGCAGGAGGCGUGUACAGCACUGGUAGAGGAGGCCUGCGAUCGAUGGGACGCGGAAGAAGACGUUAUUGACGACAUCACUGCAGCAGUUGUCUUCUUCUGA